AUAACGUUGCAGCUGAAGAUGAUUUAAAUUAUACUAAUAAAAAAUACACAUAUUUUAUUAUCAUUACUUCUUGUGCCAUAUAGGCCGCUUGGAGUAAAGACUGACUUUAUCAGUGGGGCUGUUUUUUUCGCCUCCUGUUUGUGAGCUGAGACUGGGCUGCUUUGUACUUUGGCCCCGCCUGUCAGCUACGUCAUUAAUUCAGAGCCGUCUCACACCUGAGUUAAACUUUUGAGACAGUAGCCUACAGGACGCUACGGUGGUAAAUCUAAAUCGAUUUGCUCUGAGUUACCGUGGAAUAAUUGGAAGCCUGUGGAGGCCGACAUUUUUAGUUGAAGAUGAAGCACGUUCCUAUGUUUGUGAUUUCUGUGCCUGUCCUGGUCCUUCUUCUCAAAUCCACCACAGCAUACCCACAGGCUGGUCUUAAAGUGGGAAACGGCAGAGCACGGCGGCAGGCCAACUGCCCGGCAGAUCAGUACGAACACGGCAACCUCUGUUGUUUGAAUUGUAAAGCUGGCACAUAUGUGAAAUCACCCUGCAGUGUAGAUGGAGAGAGGGGGCAGUGUGAGGAGUGUGACUACGAUACAUACAUGAAGCAUGACAACCGACUGAAGUUCUGCCUGAAGUGCACACGGUGUCGCCCAGAUGAGGAAAUUGUAAGCUCAUGCACUCACACUGAAGACACUAAAUGUCAGUGCAAGCCAGGGAGAUUUUGUGAUCCUAACCAAGCAUGUGAGGUGUGCUUGAAGUGUUCACGGUGUGCAGAGGAUGAAGAGAAAGUGAGAAACUGCACAUCAACCACCAACACGGAGUGCAAGAAGAUCCAGAACAAAUCUGGCUCUGAUCCAGGUAUCACUGUGGUGGUGGUUGUGGUGGUGCUGUUUGUCCUCGCUGCCAUAACAUUUGCUGGGAUAUUUUUCUACAAGAGGAGACGUAAAAUGGGCUCUCAGAGAAAUCGGUCUGGCAGGAGCAAAGCAGAACAGCAAUACACUGCCAUCCAGACUCCUGAGGAUAAGGACACUCAAAGACCAACCAGCACAAAUCUAAUCCUGUCCCAGCAUCUGGUGAGAGUUCAAUCUUCCAACAUUGCUGAGGAUGAGCGUCAAUUUCUCAAUCCAAGCUUCAACAGCUCAGCCAGUAACUCCCAGCACAGCCUAACAGACGCGCUCACACCUGCCCCUCAAGCCAGCCCUGUGGUCUCAGCGCAGCUUCACAGGAGGGAAGAGGUGCCACUUCCCAAGCUUGUUCCUGUGAAUGGUGAAGAGUCUCUCAGGAAGUGCUUUGAAUAUUUUGAAGAACUAGAUGUGAACUAUCAGAAGAGGUUUUUCCGUCAGCUUGAAAUUAGUGACAAUGUCAUCAAAAGCAAAGAGAACCUUCCCUAUGAAGACAGGAUCCAUGAACUGCUGCAUAUUUGGGUGGAGAAAGAAGGUAAAGGAGCGAGCUUAAAUGACCUGCUGCAGGCUUUGAAUAUCCUGAACCAAAGGCGAACUGCUGAGACGAUCCACCAGAAGGCUGUGGACGGCGGUCACUUCCUGCUUUUGUAGGGGGGGGGACUUUGUAAUUGU